AUGAACUCGCUGAACAUCCUCUCCUCGCGAGUCAUCGGGCAGUCUUCCAGCUCUACGCGUCCACGAUCGCAAUCCCAAGGCGAGAAGCGGCGCGCCGCUGCGCCAGGCAACUUUGACUUCAGCAAGCACCGGUCCUACAGCGAGGACAACUUCCGGACGAGCAUCGCCUUGGAGAAGAGCUACGACGGCACCGGGCCAUAUGUGGAGGACGAUGAAUACGAGGGCACACAUCCAUCAUUUGAUGAGAAGACCACCUUACUGCACGGUAUCCAGAAAGAUGGCAUCCUCUCAACGAAGAGCACCUGGCGGCUCAUCACCAAGCGGCUCUUCAACGCGAUCGCGGAGACGAUCCAUUUCAUUCUGUCUACGCUUGCUGCCCCUGGCAUGUACCUGGCCCAGUGCUUUCAAAAUAAUGACGGGCAUUACUCGCUUCUUGCCCCAGUGAGAAGGAUCUGGAGAACUUCUGCCGAUACAAGGAUCCGAUCGGAUAACGGGACCUCUCGGGUAGCACCUCGUCCACGAAGUGGCUCCACUCGCACGCCUAGCCCCCAGACAUCUCGUGAAUCCAUUCAUUCCAAUACCUCUGAAUCAGAAACGGACCACGGAGCUGCCAAAGGUCUCACCAGCGCCAAGAGUCGAUCGAACAAGGACCAGGGCCCUGAUCCAGAUCUUGUCCAGGACGAAACCGUACCACGCCGGUCGAUACGAAUCAAGCUGCACAACGAGGAAUCUUUGAAGCGACAGAGACAACAACGGCGGACCCGGAGUGCGGAUUUGGGGCAACCGAUGCCUGCGGGCGUGACUCGAGUCCAGGGUGCCGUUAAUCUGGAUAGCCUGAAGUCUCCCACCUCUCCAUCCGUUCAUCGCAUUACAAAGUAUCCCCACUCUCCAACUCCACCACGUCCUCUUCUCCCACAACGACUGCCUUCAUACACCGGCGCACCGCGAAAUACCAAGCUCCCCCAGAAAACAUUAGUGCUGGAUCUCGAUGAGACGCUCAUCCACUCGCUCGCAAAGGGCGGCCGCAUGUCUAGCGGCCAUAUGGUAGAGGUCAAGCUCUCCAUGCCCGUGACCACAGCUCUGAGCCCAGGCGGGCCGCCGACUGCAUUGGGUCCGCAGCACCCGAUUCUGUACUAUGUCCACAAACGGCCACACUGUGACGACUUCUUGCGAAAGAUUUCCAAGUGGUACAAGCUUGUGAUCUUCACAGCAUCUGUACAAGAGUAUGCCGACCCUGUGAUCGACUGGCUCGAGCAGGAACGCAAGUACUUUCAAGCACGCUACUACCGACAGCACUGCACGCUUCGCAACGGCGCGUACAUCAAAGAUCUCAGCUCCGUCGAACCGGACCUGAGCAAGGUCAUGAUUUUGGAUAACAGUCCGAUGAGCUAUCUCUUCCAUGAGGACAACGCCAUCCCCAUUGAAGGUUGGAUCAACGACCCGACGGAUAACGGGCUUCUCCACCUCGUCCCGAUGCUGGAAUCUUUGCAAUAUGUCACCGACGUCCGGGCCCUGUUAGCCCUUCGCCGCGGUGAGAUUGAAGCAUAA